UAAAAAUGCUAAUGCAAAUGUUCGCUCAAGUUUGGAUUAGCUAUAUAAACGGCAGAUUGUCAUUGGCAUCGUCAGUCAUUUGGAACCACCUAAAACCGUCCAGUCUUCAUAUUCGUGCAAAUUCAGGAACAAAAACAGAAGACCUAGUUACAAUGAAGUUGAUGCUGGCUUUGGCCGCCCUAAUGGGGCUAGGGCUGGGUGCUCCCAUGGGUCCUCAGACGAUUGUCUCUCCGAGCUCCGGGUCCCUCGUUGUGAUCCCUCUGUCGCCCGAGCAAUUGGCCGAGUUUUUUUCGAUCCUGGAUAACGAUCAGGGGGAAAAUGAAGGCACGAUCUAUGUCGACGAUGAAGAGGACGAGGAUGUUCAAAUUCCAGUGGAAGAGGACGGUGUUCAAGAAGUGCCCGAUAUGUCCAUGACUAAUUUGAUCCCUUCUCGAGAGAAGAGGAGUGCCGAUCCCGAGCCUUUCUUCUUCCGACGUCGGCGAAGAUUCAAUCGUCGACGAGGACGUUUCGGACCUCGACGUCGUUUCAGACGUCGACGAUUCUACCGCCACCAUUGAACACAGCAAGAAGGCUUGGGAUUGAAAAAAAAAAUGAUCGCUGUAUAAGCAUUGGAAAUGAUGUGAAGAAGCCAAUCUGAAUUGAUGGAAAUAUAUUAUCUAAUGAACAAGCAA